AUGUCUGACCAGGGAAACUCGCGGUUCACGCCGCAAAACAGGACGACGAACGAGCGUCUGUCAACAAACACCGUUGGUCUUGUCGCGCUAUCCGACUUUCGCAAACGGCGAGCAGAGGUGCUCGAGCAGCAGGAGCGCGAGGCUCGCGAGGCUGCCAUCUCAGGCACGUCCACACCGGACCGUUCUUUGACAGGCACCCCUGACAACGCCGGCAGUGACUCGAACAGCGGGCUAGGUGUACGGCCGCCGAAGAAGAAGAAGAAGCAAGGCAAGAAGCUGCUGUCCUUUGACGACGAGGAAGACGGCGACAGCGAGGCUAGCAGCAACCCUGAUCCCAGGAGCAAGCCGAAGGACUCGGAUACGGACCGCGAUAGCGAGACGGGCAGGAUAAAAUUCAAGGCGAAUGCGAACGUGGGCAUCGUGCCAAAAGCCGUCACGAAAGCAGCCCUGCGGAAAGAGGCUACCGAGCGAGAGGCCUUGCGGCGAGAAUUCGUGGCGGUCCAGGAAGCUGUCAAGGCCACCGAGAUUGCGGUCCCCUUCGUUUUCUACGAUGGAGCCAAUACACAAGGGGGGACCGUGCGAAUGAAGAAGGGAGACUUUGUGUGGGUGUUCCUGGACAAGAGUCGCAAAGUCGGUGCCGAAUUGGGUGUUGGAGACCAAAGCAAUGCGCGGCGGGCGUGGGCACGUGUUGGUGUUGAUGACUUGAUGCUCGUAAGAGAUACCGUUAUCAUUCCACAUCACUACGAUUUUCACUUCUUUGUGAUGAACAAGACCACUGGGCCCGGGGGCCGUCGACUAUUUGACUAUAGUUCCGAGGCACCUGUGGGAAAGGAGACUGCGAUGGACCAGUCUAGUCCGUCUAGUGAAAACCGUCUUAGCACGGCUGCGUCGCGGGCAGCCGCGGCGAAGUCUUUGGCGAGCAUCGAUACCCUCGAAGGGGCUUCGGAAGACCCAACGAGGACAAAGGUGGUGGAUCGUCGGUGGUAUGAGAGAAAUAAGCACAUCUACCCUGCUAGCACUUGGCAGGAGUUUGACCCGGAGAAGGACUACUCCAGCGAGAUACGCAAGGAUACCGGCGGCAACACGUAUUUUUUCUCCAAAUGA